UCCGAUUCGGCAAGAUUUCAAAGAUCACCAGUCUGUCGCACAUAUGGGCCAACUUUCUCUCCUAUUGGCGCUUCGAAAGAAGGCUAACUAAUGAUAUUAUCAUCAAACGUUUUUUGAUAUUUUAAUCGACCGGAGCUUGCCUGGAAUCCCGGAAAUCCCCCUGAAUUGAGUUGGAUGGGAAAUUGAGUAGCCUAGCGGAAAGCAUCUGCAGCAGAAUCUGCUUAUGUCAGGUGUUCUUCUGUCCACUGCUGCAUUCAAGGCAAGGAGCGGUGAGAUCGAGGUAGAUUGCAUCGAAGUUGCUCUCUGUCAUUGUCAUAAAUGUUACAAAAUCGACAUGUUAGCCUCGAAGCAUUGGUUAUGGAUCAAUUUGGUUCUACUGUGUCUCGGUCAAGCCAGUCUAGCUGCACCUAAAAAGGUUUUUCGAUGCCCUUCAGGAUGCUCGUGCUCCAAGGAGACCAUUAUCUGUGUCGGGACCUCAAGUGUACCACGGACUAUCCCGAAUGACAUCAACUCACUGUGAGUAUUCUCCUCAAUGUAUUCAUCAUCACACAAAGUUGAAAGGAAAACACAGUAGGCCUAUCAUAUGGAAUGUUGGAAAACGUACAAGCAUCAAUUGUGUAGUGACAUGAAGUUUGUAUUGACUUCAAGGUUACAAGUAAUGAUUUCCUCGUUACAGUCUAUUGAGACAACUGAAGCAUCUUAAUAGGCUAAUGCUGGUUUCAUAUUGUCAAUAUCAUGUCGAUCUUCCACCAGGAGCAUAGUAAAUGGAUCCCUCGCAGAAAUCACUGAGGCCAUGUUCUCCCUCAUGCCCUCUCUGCAGUUGCUGUACGUAGACACAUAAUUUACAUCUUCAGCAUGUACCUAAGAAUAUUUUGUUUUUAUAGUUCCCUAUACAUGGAUUCACCAAUGCAGGCCGGAUGUAGGCCUACACCAGUAACUGUAACUACAAUUCGGAUCAAGAUGUGGUCCUGUAUGGCUCAGUUGGUAGAGCAUGACGCUUGCAAAUCCUGGUGCUACCCAAACGUACAAUUUAUGCAUGCAUGACUAAGACGCUUUGGAUAAAAUCGUCUGGUAAAUGGCAUAUAUUAUUAUUAUUAUUAUUAUUAUUAUUAUUAUUAUUAUUAUUAUUAUUAUUAUUAUUAUUAUUAUAUCAGACAGAGACACAUGCAGGGAUUAGUGUCAGUCUGAAUGGCCUGAUUUAUGAACAGUAUCUCAUUGCCUUCGAAAGUCUGUUUGGUCAUAGCUCCGUGUUGCUAAUAAUUUUUUGCAUCUUCAAUAAGUGUCACAUUUGCCAUCCAAAUGUUAAAAGUGGAAUAUGCUAUGGAAUCUAGGCUAUCACGACCCAACACGUAUCAUGUUUUUCUUAUUUUCUCAGGCUUCUCAAUUCAAAUUCAUUGACCACCAUCAAAGAUGAUGCAUUCUAUGGCCUUCCUCAUCUUGAAUAUUUGUGAGUAUUUGGUUCAAACUAAUUUGUUUUUUCUCCUCAGUCAACUGUUUUUGCAGAAACAGUAUGAUUACAAACAUCUGAAUUAAUCUUCUUCAAUGUCUAAAAACAUUUUAAGGUGGCCUAUGGAACACUAGUGUAAUGUGAUACCUGUAAUUCGCCAUGGUUUUCUUCUUCAUUUUUGUCAUAUAAAACGAAAAGCUCUUAGCUUUAGUAAAAUAAGUAAUUUCAUGUUUUUUAAACUGAAUGGAAAGCUCAAAAGACAGCUACAGUAACAUCAUUACUCCCUUAAUUUAUUACAUUUGUGAUUAACAGAUUCAUAGAGGGCAACAAGAUUGAGACCAUCACCAAAAAUGCCCUCAGAGGUCUCCGAGACGUGACUCAUUUGUAAGUCUGCUGCUACCAUUUCUACCAUCUCUAUUCUCUACCCAGGGCCGUAAGUGCAUAUGAGGACACCAAGGUCCGGACCUCUGUAAUUGUUUCGAAUUUGAAAAAAUAUAUAUACAGUACCAGUCAAAAGUUUGGACACUCCUACUGAUUCAAGGUUUUUCUGUAUUUUUACUAUUUUCUACAUUGUAGAAUAAUAGUGAAGACAUCAAAACGUUGAAAUAACACAUAUGGAAUAAUGUAGUAACCAAAAAAGUGUUAAACAAUAUAUAUUACAUUUGAGAUUCUUCAUAUAGCCACCCUUUGCCUUGAUGACAGCUUUGCACACUCUUGGCAUUCUCUCAACCAGCUUCACCUGGAAUGCUUUUCCAACAGUUUUGAAGGAGUUCCCACAUAUGCUUAGCACUUGUUGGCUGAUUUUCCUUCACUCUGCCGUCCGAAUCAUCCCAAAACAUCUUAAUUGGGUUGAGGUCAGGGGAUUGUGGAGGCCAGGUCAUCUGAUGCAGCACUCCAUCACUCUCCUUCUUGGUAAAAUAGCACUUACACAGCCUGGAGGUGUGUUGGGUCAUUGUCCUGUUGAAAAACAAAUGAUAGUCCCACAAAGCCCAAACCAGAUGGGUUGGCGUAUCGCUGCAGAAUGCUGUGGUGGCCAUACUGGUUAAGUGUGCCUUGAAGUCUAAAUAAAUCACAGACAGUGUCACCAGCAAAGCACCCCCACACCAUAACACCUCCUCCUCCAUGCUUUACGGUGGGAACUACACAUGCGGAGAUCAUCCGUUCACCCACACUGCGUCUCACAAAGACACGGCGGUUGGAACCAAAAAUCUCAAAUUUGGACUCAAGACCAAAGGACACAUUUCUACAGCCCCUCUGAACAGUUGAUGUUGAGUCUGGGUCUUUUAUUCCUGGGGUGGUCCUCAUGAGAGCCAGUUUCAUCAUAGCGCUUGAUGGUUUUUGCAUCUGCACUUGAAGAAACUUUCAAAGUUCUUGAAAUGUUCCGUAUUGACUGACUUUCAUGUCUUAAAGUAAUGAUGGACUGUCAUUUCUCUUUGCUUAUUUGAGCUGUUCUUGCCAUAAUAUAGACUUGGUCUUUUACCAAAUAGGGCUAUGUUCUGUAUACCCCCCUACCUUGUCACAACACAACUGAUUGGCUCAAACGCAUUAAGAAGGAAAGAAAUUCCACAAAUUAACUUUUAAGAAGGCACACCUGUUAAUUGAAAUGCAUUCCAGGUGACAACCUCAUGAAGCUGGUUGAGAGAAUGCCAAGAGUGUGUAAAGCUGUCAUCAAGGCAAAGGGUGGCUAUUUGAAGAAUCUCAAAUAUAAAAUAUAUUUUGAUUUGUUUAACACUUUUUUGGUUACUACAUGAUUCCAUAUGUGUUAUUUCAUAGUUUUGAUUUCUUCACUAUUAUUAUACAAUGUAGGAAAUAGUACAAAUAAAGAAAAACCCUUGAAUAAGUAGGUGUGUCCAAACUUUUGACUGAUAGUGUAUAUUUCUUUAGGAACUCAGUCAAGGUCUCAACUUACUGUUAAGAGUUAGAAUAGUAGAAUACACCCGGACCCAGCCACUAGAGUUCUAAACUCCAGGGCAAAGUCCUGCGCAGUCCUCGUCCCCUGCCUGAGAUGGACCAGCCGCUCGCCCGCCUCUCUUCCCUCGGGAGGGUGAUCGAAGACUGCCCGGAAGAGGCGAACGAACUCCCCGUAGUUGUCCAACGCGUCUCCUCCUUCACUCCAGACCGCGUUGGCCCACUCCAGGGCUUUCCCCGAGAGGCAGGAGACGAGGGCGGACACCUUCUCCCGCUCCGAUGGAGCCGGGCUGAUGGUAGACAAAUAGAGGUCCAGCUGCACGAGGAAUCCCUGGCAGCGGCCCGCUGUACCGUCAUACUCCCUCGGUCGGGAUAGGUGAAUCCCUCUGGGUGCUGGGGUGUGGGUGGCUGGAUCCGGUCGCUCAGCUGGUCCUGAAGGGUCGGGUCCUCUCCUCUCCAGGCGUUGGAUGACCUGGAGAACCCGAUCCAUCGCUUCGCCCAAGCUGGCUAGCAUGUUGGAAUGCUCCCGGGCCCGCUCCACGACUCCAGGCAUAUUCCCGUCUCCUGCUGACUCCAUGCUGUUGGUGUGUGAUUCUGUGGCGGGUGAUUUGGACGGAGUCAGGCGCAGGAGGGUAAAUCACAGAAUAAAUGGUUUAUUCGGUAAGACAGCGGUACGCAGCAAUGCGUAAAACACUCCAGUGCGGUAAUUACCGCACUGGAGAAAACAAGGCACACGGGUGAAUAUCCCGGCGAUACAAAAUACAACAUAGCUCCACUGAGCUAUAGUAACCUCCACAAUAAACAAUCACACACAAAGACAAGGGGGGCAGAGGGAAUACUUAUACAGGUUUGAUAAGGGGAUAUGAACCAGGUGUGUGUAAUAAACAAGACAAAUCAAAUGGAAUGAUGAGAUGAGGGGUGGCAGUGGCUAGAAGGCUGAUGACGACGAACGCCGAAGCCUGCCCGAACAAGGAGAGGAGGCAGCUUCGGAGGAAGUCGUGACAGCAGCAGUGCAGCAGCAGACUCAAUACUGUACAGACUCAGGGCAGAGCAGGCUGUUUGCUGCUUCAUUAAAACUCGUUCAUUGUGAUAAAAUCAUGUUACAACAAUAGCUAGCUAACUAUCUAGCUCGCUUGUUUAUGGAAGGAGUAUUUAAUUUAGUGUUGCACUAGCUGGUUGGUCAGCUUCUCUUUCGUUUCAUAUGAAGUGACUUGCUCAGGCUUAGCUAGUAAGUUAUCGUGUACAUGAUCUAGCUUAGCUAGUACGUUUUCGUGUAUAUGAUCAAAGUUCAGAAAGACACAAAACUCCUUAACUAAAAUCGCGCGACUAAGACAUCCUCGAAAUUAAACUUCAAAAUUAAUUACAGAUUUCUUGAUUUAUCUAGAUUUAUUAUGACUAAUUUUGAGGGUGGCGUAGAAGUGACUGUUGUUACUAGGUAACAUGAUAAGAUUCAUGGGAAGAAGCUGCUGCUAAGGGCGCCGAGUCGGCAUAGGAUGCCCACUCGAUAAAAAGCUUCCGAAGGGCGCAGUGGAGUCCUCGAUGACUCGAGAACUAGCGUUUUUAGAUUGACUCGAUUGACUUAUAACGUGAAUAUCAAGUGAUCGAGUGCUCGAAGUGCUCAAAGUGUUUGAGAUUCAGCCUAUGUGUUUAUAGAUAGACUUUUUGCUGUUCUCCAAAUAGCACCGCCCCCCAUCCCCCGUCCCCCUGAACCUCACUAAAACUCAGACCCUGGUUACGGCCCUGUCUCUACCAUCUCUUCCAUCUUUAUCCUCUCUCGAUCUCUAUUCUUUUCCAUCUCUACCAUCUCUAUUUUCUAUCAUCUUUAUCAUCUCUACUAUAUUUCUACCAUCUCUUCCAUCUUUCUAUCAUUUCUCUCUCCCUGAUCAUCUCUCUCUACCACCGCUGUCAUGUCUAUCAGAUCUAUCAAUCUCUAUUAUGUCUACCAUUUCUAUCAUCCCUUCCAUUUCUAUCAUUUCUAUUCUCUAUUAUCUCUAUCAUCUCAAUCCUCCACCCAAGAAUCUCUCUCCAUGACGACACAUUGUUUUUCUCACUGUCUCCUGCCGCUCUGUCUCUCGCAGGUCGCUGGCUAACAACAACAUGAGGGCUUUGCCAAGGGAUCUCUUCCACGAUCUUGACUCUCUGCUAGAGCUGUGAGUAAGAAAAGCAGCUAGCAAUCACUUAUAGGACCACGGGUUUCUAUGAGGCAGCACUGACACUGCACCAAACAUCUCUAAUUGACAGUUGGCAACCUGCUCUUAUAGGCUUUUAAGGCUACCGCCUUCUGCCCGAUGUAAGGAGGAUGACUACCGAAGAUGGGCUGCUAAUGCUCCUCUAUAAGCUUGCCAUCAGGGAAUGGUGAUUUGCAAUUUAUUGAACGAGAUCACAUUGAAUAUCCUGAUAUCCAAUGAAUAAUGGUUUUGAAUAUAAUAUUGAGAAUGAGAUAAACAGGAAAUGGUUGUUAUACUCAGCUAGUUCAAUCAGAAUGCUGCUUGUGCUUAAAGAGUUAAUGAUCGAUUUGUGUAUAUACCUUGUUAUUAGUAGGUUCAAGAAAUAAGUGCUUUGUUCAGUACACUGGCUAGCCAGUGAUUUAGAAAUGGUGCACAAAAUAUUUACUAGGGACAAGCUUAGUCCCGCAUGCACAUAGGGUGCCAUUUUUGUCACGUAACAGAGCACAGAUCUGUGAAAAAUACUGUAAAACUCCACAUUUAUAAUCUGAAGUGCAAUAUCAUUUGAAAACUUUCUUUAAUGUUGUGCAUUAAAACUGCCAAUUGCUCAUGAAAAAAGUUGCCCAUAAUGUGUUGUUGUUUUGGCAUUUUAAAAAGUGUAUUGCAUGUUACUUCUGGUCCAGAGACAAUCUUCAACCCCUUUCCCUAGGUCCAUCUGAAGAGAUUGGAGAUUGGAUAGGUGUAAUCAAUAUGAUGACGGCUCUACCUGUUACAUAAAAUCUGCAAACACACAAGGGGCUAAGGAAAGGGACUAGGGGUUGUUUUGGAAAAAGGGUUAGGGUAAGAGUUAAACUGAUUUUAGGGAAGUAGAUAAAGGGCUUCAUUGUCAAAUCCCAAACUAUCCCUUUAAUCUGUGUCCAGGAAACUAGCCCCUAGAGUCCAGACCUUAUUUUCUUGCAGUGUGUGGAUACUGGAUGGCAUAAAUGUUCCCAUUAUUUUUACUCUUAAUUCCCAGACUAUGACCUAAGCUUUGCCUUUUACUAAGUGAUCACAUUCUAUCUUUUGGUGGAUUCGUUUGCGUUAAUGCAUCCAUCCUCUGUCACAUGUUAGGGAUUUGCGAGGCAACAUAUUUCAGUGUGACUGCGAGAACAAGUGGCUGAUGAUGUGGCUGAAAAACACCAACGCUACCGUAUCGGAUGUCAACUGCGCAGGUCCCAUAGAAAUGAAGGGCAAACGUCUGAACGACCUUCCCAUCCUGCCGGACGAGUGUAUCUCCACAGGUAAUUUAACCAGCGCACCUCCAAACUCUGGUCAAACAUAAAUGUCACACCCAACCAAUUUAUAUUAUUUAUCCUUUCAAUAAUAAUAUUUUUGGUGUUUGUGUGUGUGUGUGUUGAGGAGGAAUCAAAUAUACAGUUAUGCAAUUUAUUUAUAGCCACACUUGCCAUCUGUGUGAUACUGUAAUAAUACUAUACACAUAUACAGUAGUAGCUCUACACACUAUGAACCAUGUUUGAUUUACAUAUUGUGAUACACAAAGGUGUCAUGACACACAGUCCUUUCACACCGUGUGUUGUCUGUUCAGCAGUUGAUCGAUUUCUUGCAACAACACAAAUACCUUUUUAAACUCUUACAUGGUAAAAUACAUUUUACUUUCUGUAAUAAUGUAUUGGACAUCAUCAGUACUUUGCUGUUGAAUAAUUAACAAAAAAUUACCAAUAGCGACAAUGGGGGCUUUAAUACUUCAAAUCCAAGUUAUAUUUGAUUACUAAUUUGUUGUAGCUUAAUUGAGAGUUGCCACAUUGUUGUGGCCUUGUGUGGAUAUCAGGGUCUCCUCUGUACAUAUUUUUGUGUUGUGUUCAUCAUGUUGUGUUCCUUAUCUGCCCCACAGACUUUGUCCGUCAUCAGUCCAUUCCAACCCAGGCUUUGUCGGCUGACAUUUUCUCCCAUAAGGAGGACAUUUAUGUGGCGAUGGCUGACCCCAAUUACAACAGCUGUGUGGUCAUGGAAUGGGACCACAUUGAAAUGAAUUUCAGGCCUUUCGAUAACAUCACAGGUUUGAUAACAUCUCUUUUCUUGUUAGUUUGCUAAAUGUUUUAUUUUAUUUUAUUGUUCUAGGCCUAUCCUUGUUGUUUAGUUAAAUAUACUAGAAGUCUCACUGUCCAUUUUUUAUGUUUUUUGGUUGUACCAUACACUGAGUUUACAAAACAUUUCCAUGCUCUUUCCAUGACAUAGACUGACCAGGUGAAUCCAGGUGAAAGCUAUGAUCCCUUAUUGAGGUCACCUGUUAAAACCACUUCAAUUAGUGUAGAUGAAGGGGAGGAGACAAGUUAAAGAAGAUUUAUAAGCCUUGAGACAAUUGAGACAUGGAUUGUGUCUCAAUUGUCUCCUCCCCUUCAGAGGUUGAAUGGGCAAGACAAAAUAUUUAAGUGCCUGAACAGGGUAUGGUAGUAGGUGCCAGGCGCACCGGUUUAAGUGUACCAAGAACUGCAAUGCUGCUGGGUUUUUCACACUCAACAGUUUCCCGUGUGUAUCAAGAAUGGUCCACCACCCAAAGGACAUCCAGCCAACUUGACACAACUGUGGGAAGCAUUGGAGUCAACAUGUGCCAGCUUCCCUGUGGAAUGCUUUCGACACCUUUUAGUCCAUGCCCCAACAAAUUGAAUUUAGGCCCCAACGAAUUUAGGAAAAAAUGGGUGCAACUCAAUAUUAGGAAGGUGUUCCUAAUGUUUUUUACACUCAGUUUACAUUUAUUGUUCAACACAUACAAUUCAAUAGAAAUUACGAAUUUGACUGGCCAGGACCUUAAAACAACUUGUGAAUGUAAAUUGAGAAACAUUCUUUCCAAGUUCAAGUUUUUAUUACACUCAUAUAGCAGUCAGUAUAAACUGAAGUAAAUGAGCAUACAAAAUAUUAAGAUAAGAGCAACUAAAUAAAAAAUUAAAGUAAAGACAUUUUAUAAAAAAUCUCCUUAAUCAAUGAGCAGAAAUAUGGGGUGGGUGACCUCUUGUACCGUUCAGUUCUAGACUUUGGUAUAUAUUCAGUUGGGUUUGGCUGCGGAUGUUCCUGCCUGUCACUGUGUUUCGUCAGGGGGUAGCCAGUCUUUGAAUUUAGAUUUUAGGAGGCUGACAGCGAAAUCCGUGCAGAGUUGUGUCCUUCUUUCAUGAAGCCGUGUUAGGGACAGGGUCUAAAGUGCCUCAGUGUAACUGGAGUAUCAUGCUAGGAUGGUGCGGCAUGCUCUCUUCUGAAUACGUUGCAGGUCAUCAGACUGGGUCUGGGUCAGUGAGCUAUUCCAGCACAUGAAUAUGACAUAAUGCUGAGUAUAGUGGUAGAGUUUAUAGGACUUGAUAAUCUGACUAUAUUUUAUUUCAUUUUUUUCUCAAUCAUAAUAUCACUAUUACUAAUUAUUUCAAUAUUACUCCAGGAAAGUCUGUUGUUGGAUGCAAGUCUGUUCUGAUUGACAACCACGUCUUGGUAAUCGUGACUCAGCUCUUUGGCGGCUCCCACAUCUACAAGUUUGACGAUCAACAAAACAAGUUCACCAAGUUCCAAACCAUUGAGGUCUUCAACAUCUCCAAACCCAAUGACAUUGAGGUGUUCCAAAUAGCCGGUGAGUGGUACUUCAUCAUUGUGGACAGCUCCAAGGCGGGCCUAUCAACUCUGUACAAGUGGAACGACCAAACGGACCGGAACGAGACCGGUUUCUACUCCUACCAGUUCCUCCACGAGUGGUUCCGAGAUACAGACGCAGAGUUCGUCGAGCUAGACGGGAAGUCCCAUCUUAUCUUGGCCAGUCGCUCUCAGGCACCCGUCAUUUAUCUGUGGAACAAGAGCAGCCAGAAGUUCCAGCUGCACAGCGAAAUCCUAAAUGUUGACGAUGUGGUGGCGGUCAAAGCCUUCCGGGUGGACGAGGAACUCUUCCUGGCCAUGACGUGUUACAUUGGUGACUCCAAAGUCCUCAAGUGGACCAGCAAGCAGUUCACCGAGGUGCAGGCCCUGCCUUCUCGUGGCGCCAUGGUCCUCCAGCCGUUUUCGUUCAAGGACAGGCACUACUUGGCCCUGGGCAGCGAUUACUCCUUCACGCAGAUCUACCUGUGGGAUGAGGAGAUCAAAAUGUUCUCCAAGUUCAAGGAUAUCUAUGUGCAGUCUCCGCGCUCUUUCAACGUGGUGUCCACUGACCGGCGUAAUUUUUUAUUUUCCUCCAGCUUCAAAGGGAAAACGAUGGUCUUCGAGCACGUUAUUAUCGACAUAAGCCUAUGAAACUAGAAAGCUUUUAUUUGUGCCUAACACCAUCAAAUUAUUGUUUCUGACACAUUUAUACCUAUUGCCAUGAGUAGUAAAUUAUGUAUUUAUUUAAUGAAAGGUGAAUAUAGUGUUUUAAAUUAGUCUUCAUAAUUUGCAAUAAACUAUGGAUGGCCUGGUUUAAACAGAUAUCUGAGCAAGUCUCUGCAAAACUAUGCAUUUUGCAUUUGUUUACAUUUUGUUAUUGAAUGUAAUGAUAGAUCGGUAAAAUUGUUUCCCUGUCAUUAAGUUUGAAACCAAAAUAAUCAUAUAAAAGCAAUGACAAUGUGUGAAAUGUAACCCGCAUGAUGAACAAUGGCUGCCAAUACCUGCUAUGGUCUUGUACAGUGACUUAUCAGGGAUAUGAUUAUUUGAGUAACUGCACAGUAGUUACAGCUAGCUGUUAAACAUGAACAACUAUUAUACCUUUACUGAACAUAAUGAAUAACAGAACUGAAAUUGAUGAUGGCCAGCUAUAUGACGGAACAGUGCCUGGCUAAUAGCAAAACUGAAUGUCAAUAAUGUCUAAUGCUGUACUUUAUUAGAAUGCUUUAUUACACGCUGUACUAUAUUAGUACAGUUAGCUAGAACUUCAUUUAAAUAAUAAACAUAUAUUCCUUAUGUCUUUAGUGUCAUGAUCUUGCUGCCUUUACCUUCAACGUGUUAACUAUGCCCUACUACAGUAUGUUACCUCUGUGCCAUGUUGAUGUUCUGAACAAGUGGUGUUUUCAGCCACAUCUAUCUAUGUACUGUAUAUAAGUUAAACAUAAAGCAAAUUAAUUGAAUGUAGAUUCCAUUUGGCUUUGAGCAUAUCCUCAUGAAAUAAUUGUUCUCCAUUUAUUAUUUAAAAUGUGUGGAUUUAAAAUGCAAUAGAAUUAAAGCAUCUGACAGG